AACAACAGAGCUGAGAAAAUGAGCAGUAGAAGGAAUAGCUCCUGCCCUUCAGCUAAUUCUCGCUAACAACUCUGGGUCUUAUAUGACAGAGCUCCAAAAUAACAGCACAAGGAAGGACAGAGCAGAAAGAAAACAUUUAUAGAAGACAACAACUCUAUUAUAAACAAGCAAACCUUAUCAGCAAUGGCAACAGAGUGUGUACAGUCACAUGAAACCCCAGCAGACAGAUUAGAGAACCCGCUUACAAAUCAGUUAGAUAUUACAAAACUUUCAAAACAACUCCUGAAAAGUUGUGAUGUUAAAGAGAAAGUAAAAGAUAAAACCAAUCAUGGAUCUCCAAAUAACGGACAUGAGCAAAAAAAGCCAAGAAGAAAAGAUACACCAGUGCUACAUAUGCUACCUUUUGUUCCAGGUGUGAAAUUGCUGAAAGAAGAAAAGCGGAUUGUAUUUGUAGAAGAUGAAGAAAAAGACUGAGGAAAGAUAGGGUUCAUCAUGUUUGCUGUCCUUUUGUAGUUCAUAUGUUAGCUGAAUAGCAAAACAAUUGUGAUUUAACAAGAUGAAGCUAUUUGCAUUUGAAACUUUGUAUUUGAACAUAUUUUCUUACAUUGCAAAUUUUGCUACAUAAAAUAAUUCAGUACUUAUGUAAAGUUAAUGAAAAACAGUUUACUCUCCUAAAAUUAAUUGUGUAUAGUUGUAAAUUAUGACUCCAGCCUUUAUUUUUUUUUAUUCAUAUUAUUUAACUUUCUAAAAGCAUGACAUUUCUAUCAUGGCUUGUUGAUCUGACUAAUACAGUAGUAAGAUGCAUCUCCUUUCCAAAUUCAUCUCUUUAAUGCUCCAGUUCAUAAAAGGGACAAGUAAUCACUGAACAAUAACACUGAUACAUCAUAGAUGAAUGCUUGUUAAAGUGAAUAUAAUCCAAAAAGAAUUUUCUCCAUAUUUGUUCACAUAUUCUGUUAGUUACACGGGUUGAAUAUUAUGUUGAUGCACAUGGUUUGUGACUGACAUCACUGCAUGUCUGCUUCUUACUGCAACAAAUAGGAUUGCUGAAUGAAGCUUGGUAGUAGCUGCUGAUGUAGCACUGUCUGUGAGUAAGGUAGACAAACACACACACACACACACACACACACACACACACACACACACACACACACACACACACACACACACAUACACACCUAACUCACCAUGCUGCACACAGAUGGCAUAAAUAAGGUAGUCUGCUGCAUGACUUAAUGGAGAAUUGGCAGUCUGGAAGCAGCAAACUGCAGAGUUGUCCUGAGAAUAAAGGAGAGAGAAAAACAAUGUUCAUUUCACAUGACUUAAAUUGUUCUUGCCAGCUUAUAAGUUUAGAACAUACACCUUACAAUACUGGAAUAACAUGAAAUUAGUCCUGUAGCUUAACAGUGUUUUUACUUUUUGAUCUGAAAACCUGCUAGUAAAUAUUAAUCAGUCUCUCAGCAAAUAUGGUCAGUAACUACUGUUUGGUUGCCUAAGUGAAAGAAAUUAGAGCUUAUGAUUCCAAAAACACAUCACAGAAUAUGAGGAAGGAGACACAAUGAUGAAUUGCAGCUAACAAUGAAACAACUGAUAUGGAUGGAAUGCAAAGAUGCAAGUAAACAAAGAGACACAAAGAGAGAAGGAAAUGAUGGCAGAGAAUUAAAAAAAAAACGGUUGAUUCACUUCACUUUUCCUUGUGAGGGUCAUGGCAGCAGUAGGUCAAGCACUGCAGAGACAACUUGCAUUUCAACAGCCAUAGAUUCCAGUUCAUCCUAAAGGAUCCCCAAAAUUUACCAAACAAGAGAAUUAAUCCCUUCAGUGUGUCCCACGUCAUGUGGGAUGUCUCUCCCUGGAUCAUCUUUAACAGUAGCCUCUUGGGUGGGGGGCAUCCUUAUAGCAUGAUCAAACCAUUUCAUUUGGUUGCCCUUAAUCCAAAAUUA